AUGCCAGGGACGCUCUUGCCCCCGAGAUCAACCCGGCAGCACGCAGAGAUGGAUCGACCAUCUGCGUCCCGGCCGGACCUCUACUUGAUUACCGACCAGGAUAUCAUCUACGAACAAGAUUUGCUUCGCGACGCCACUAGUGUGAAGCCAUGGCUCGCCUACAUCGAAUUCAAGCAGCAAAAUGGCACCCUCUAUGAGCAAGCAUUUGUCAUGGAGCGUGCUUGCAAGCAAUUGCCGCGGUCAUACAAGCUCUGGAAGAUGUAUCUCGAGUUCCGCAUGAAGCAUCUGAAGGGUCGCAACCCCAUGGUAUACCGCGCCGAAUACCAGAAGGUGAAUGCGCUCUUCGAACGAGCUUUGAUUCUUCUCAAUAAGAUGCCGCGCAUCUGGGAAAUGUACCUUUCCUUCCUGCUCCAGCAACCACUAGUGACACAGACUCGACGAACGUUUGAUCGUUCCCUCCGCGCUCUGCCAGUCACCCAGCACAAUCGAAUCUGGAGACUCUACAAGGGCUUUGCUCGAUCUGCUUCCGGACAAACCGCCGUCAAAAUCUUUGCGCGGUACAUGCAAAUUCACCCUGAGAACAUUGAGGAGUACAUCGAGCUUCUCGUCGAAAUGGGCGAAUACACAGAAGCCGUGAAAAAGUAUAUGGAGGUUCUCGACAAUCAGCGGUUCCAAUCCAAAAACGGCAAGAGUCCAUUCCAAAUGUGGACUGAAAUGGUAGAUCUGCUUGUGUCUAAGGCUAAGAAGAUUGAAACCGGUCCACAAGUCGGAAUCGAUGUUGACGCCAUUCUCCGGAGUGGUAUCCAGCGCUUUGCAGAUCAGCGAGGCAAGCUCUGGGCCGGUUUGGCAACGUACUGGAUCACUAAAGGCAAUUUCGAGAAGGCACGGGAUGUCUUUGAGGAGGGAAUCACUACUGUGAUGACAGUCCGUGAUUUCACUCUAAUCUUUGACUCCUACGUCGAAUUCGAGGAGUCUAUCAUUGGCAGUUUGAUGGAAGGCGCGGCAGUUCGGUCUGAAAAGGGCAAGGUUGACGAGGAAGCCGACUUUGACCUUGAUCUCCGUAUGCUGCGAUUUGAGCAGUUGAUGGAUCGCAGACCAUUCCUGGUGAAUGAUGUUCUCCUACGACAGAACCCACACAACGUCAUUGAAUGGGAAAAGAGAGUGGCACUCUGGGGUGAUAACAAGCAAGAAGCUGUUCAAACAUACACAGCUGCCAUUGCAGCAAUUGGUCCCAAAAAAGCGCAUGGAAAAUUCUCCGAGCUUUGGGUCAAUUAUGCCAAGCUCUACGAAAACGGUGGGGACCUGGCUACCGCACGAGUCAUUUUCGACAAGGCUGUCAAGGUUCCAUUCAAGUCAGUUGCCGAACUGGCGGAGACAUGGUGUGAAUGGGCUGAAAUGGAGCUGCGCGCCGAAAACUUCGACAAAGCAGUCAGCAUCAUGGCGAAGGCGACACAGGCUCCCAAGAAGUCAACCGUGGACUACUUUGAUGAGACCCUUUCCCCACAGCAACGAAUCCACAAGAGCUGGAAGUUGUGGAGUUUCUAUGUCGAUCUCGUCGAGAGUGUUUCGUCCCUGGACGAGACCAAAAAGGUAUACGAGCGAAUCUUCGAACUUCGGAUUGCCACACCUCAAACUGUCGUCAACUACGCCAACCUCUUGGAAGAGAACAAAUACUUCGAAGAGUCCUUCAAGGUGUACGAGCGAGGAUUGGAUCUUUUCAUGUAUCCCGUUGCGUUCGAGCUUUGGAACUUGUACUUGACUAAGGCUGUAGACCGGAAGAUUGGCAUUGAGCGCCUUCGGGACUUGUUUGAGCAAUCCUUGGAAGCAUGCCCGCCGAAGUUCGCCAAGCCGUUAUACCUGAUGUACGGAAAUCUGGAAGAAGAGCGAGGUCUCGCACGACACGCAAUGCGGAUUUACGAACGUGCUACUCGUGCUGUGUCCGACGAGGACCGAUUCGAGAUGUUCGAAUUCUACAUCACAAAGUCGGCCUCCAACUUUGGUCUCACAUCCACAAGACCGAUUUACGAGCGCGCCAUUGCCGCCUUGCCCGACCAGGAGGCAAAGGAAAUGUGUCUCAAAUUCGCCGAGAUGGAACGACGACUUGGCGAGAUCGAUCGUGCCCGUGCAAUCUACGGCCACGGAUCUCAAUUCUGCGAUCCCCGGAUCAAUGCUCCCUUCUGGCAGAAGUACGAGGAUUUCGAAGUUAAACACGGAAACGAAGAUACCUUCAGAGAGAUGCUCCGCAUCAAGAGAAGUGUACAGGCUCAAUACAACACCGAUGUCAACUUCAUUGCAUCCCAGGCCAUCGCUAGAAGCCAACAGCAACCUCAGGCCGGCGAAGGCGAUGAGAACCAAGCAAACCUUGAUGCCAUGGCCGAAUUGGAACGUCAAGCUCGCGCCCCUGUGGGCUUCGUCGCUGCUAGCAGCGGUCCAGAGGGAGGCAACCGACCCCCACCCGCAGGCCAGGAACCAGCUGCAGCAGCAGCAGCCAACCCUGAUGCUAUCGAUCUUGAUAUGGACGAGGACUAG